AUGUACAAACCCAGACCGGAUUUCAAGCAGGUCGAAGCUACUCGGCCGGACUUCCGCAAGGAUACCGAAGUGACCAUCACAAAGACCCCAAACCCGGCGUGGAAGGAGGGUGAUGGUGCGAAUGAUGGUGGUGAAAGUCUGAAGAAGGAACAUGUUGAAAUCGAUCCCUUCGCUGAGGGCCGCCCGGUCGCGUCGAACUACAAGCUCCUCAUCUCCAGCAUCGUGCCUCGUCCCAUUGCUCUGGUCAGCACGCAAUCUGCAGAUGGGUCAACAACAAACCUGGCGCCGUUCAGCUACUCGCAGGUUGUCUGCCACGACCCGCCGACUUUCAUCGUGGGCUUCGCUGGUGGUCUCGGCAGUGCCAAGGAUACCCUGCGCAAUCUGCACGAGACCGGGGAGUGUGUGAUCAAUAUCAUCUCAGAGCACUUUGUUGAGGCGGCCAACUCGACUGCUAUCAACACUCCGUACGGUGUUUCUGAGUGGAAGACUUCUGGUCUGACCCCUGCGCCUACUGCCGUUGUCAAGCCCGCCCGUGUCAAGGAGUCGAUUUUUGCUAUUGAGGCCAAACUGGUCGAUACUAAGGAGUUCGAGAGCCGCGCAACUCCUGGCAAGAAGACUGGUGCUAUGAUCACCGUUGAAGGUGUGCGGUUCUGGGCUCGCGAGGAUGCCAUCGAUGAAGACCGAUCUGCCAUUGACCUGAAGGUUCUCAAGCCUAUCAGUCGUCUGGGUGGCAUUACUUAUGGUCGCACUACUGAAGCGUUUGAGAUUCCUCGUCCUGCCAUCUAA